UUUUUUUUUUCUUCAUAAAGAUUCAUAGCUAUUUAAUUUUUAAUUCAAGCUCGAACGCGUCUGAUUGUUUUAUUACGAUGAAAUGAUUGAAAAAAGCGCGUGAAAAAUAUUCCCUAAAAAUACUGCGAUGACAGCUAGAUAAGGAAACUGUAGGUGAUUAAAUUAUAUCCUCAAGUGGGUCAUCAAUUAUCGUCGAACGACGUUUCCUUUUUCUGUAAUUGAAAUUAAUUACUUUCUUACACGUAUGCACGAUUAUAUUUUUAAUUUCAAUGCGAAAGUAUUCGAAUUACGAUCUUGUGCAGUCGUUGCACCACAAACGGCUCGAUCGAAUUACGUUUGCGUAGACAUUCUAUCGAACGAAAUUCAACUUUUUUUUCAUCGCGAAAAAUGCGGUGCUAAAGCGAGAAUUUUUGCACUGCAUAUAGCCGUCGAUCGAAUCAACAUUCCAUUCAAUUUAUUUAAUUAUCGCUUUUUCUUAUAUCACAUUCUCGACAUUUUCUUGCAAAUUAUACAUAUAUGUAUAAUCAUCGACCAAUAAUAUCAGCAACGGCUCAAAGUUCAACAGUGAAGCGCAUGCGCACAUUUCAUAUCUAUAAACACACUGCACACCCUAUAUAGAUAAGAAUGCACUUAGAAAUAUAUAUAUAUAUACAACUGCGCAGACGCACGUGCAAAUGUACUAAGUACAGCAAAAUUGCAGAGUCCGUGUCUCUCAUGUCGCGGAGGCGGUCUGCUGUGCGACGACGCGAACGCGAAAACUUGUAUCCUCUCAUUUGCGUCAGAGAUAGAUACUCGUUUUCCCCAUUGAGGUUAACCCGACUCGCGCUGACGAGUGUACUUUGCACUUUUCAUGAGUAUUCGUAAGCAGUGGCAUCGAAGAGAAAUCGAACGGGAUAUAUGUUAAUCUAACCUCAAAGAGUGAAUCGGUUAUUACAUUAUAUACUUACACGCACUCGGCGACGUUCUCCCGUCAUUGAAAAGUAAUUGAGAUCAGCGAACGCGAUUGCGGGGAGAGAACACCGCGCGCAUAGUCGAAGGAUUUCGUCAUCCAUCGGUGAACAGCCCACUCAGUCGUCCGCUCCUCGCUGGCCGAGUUGGAGCGCCGAGAGAGCUGCGCAGCUCGAAAUGUCUCGGGAUAGAAAAUUGUGAAUCGUAUAUAGAUAUUGACAAUUUAUAAAUAAUGUUAAUUUUCGAUUCCUGACGAAGGCAGCGUCGAGAGAUUAUUGUAUUUUUUUUCGAAUAAUCGUCGCGAUAUCGAGACUGUGAAGAAUUUUCAUUACAUAAGUCCCGGUGCUUAAGAUCGCAAAGUUGAUCGACCGAGUACAAAGUUUGCUGAGAUAAGUACUUAAAAAGAGCGACAACAUGUUUGGACAGAAAUUAAGCAACAGGAAAGUAAUCGUGGACCUACUGGCCCUUCUGUUCGGAGUUGGAUCCUGGGUCGGAGUCAAUGGUAUUUACGUUCAACUUCCACUGCUGAUCAACACAGCACCUGAAGGAUGGAGUUUGCCUGCUCAUAUGGUCAUGAUAGUGCAAUUCGCAAACUUAGGCCCUAUUUUAUAUACUUUAUCUACAAAGUACUUCACAUACACUAAGGACCAUUACACGAUAUAUGGCUUACUCGGUGCAGGUUCACUGUCCAUAUUCGUUCUAGCCUUUUUGUACGACAAGAGCUCGUAUAUUUUUGGUAGCGAUCAUUCGACAGCUUUGUUAGGUCUGAUGUUUAUCUCGUCGUUUGUUGGCUGUACAAGUUCAGUACUGUUCAUGCCGUACAUGAGAAACUACAGAGAAAUCUAUUUAGUGUCUUACUUGGUAGGAGAGGGACUCAGUGGAUUUUUACCAAGCAUCGUAGCACUGAUACAAGGCGUUGGUGGAAAUCCAGAAUGCGUUAAUGUUACAAAACCAGGUUCAGAAAUCAAAUUCGAAACACAGUAUCCAGAGCCUAGGUUUUCUUCAAGAGCAUUCUUCAUUUUCUUAGGCAGCUUGCUGUUUCUGAGUUUGGCCUCGUUCGUGAGCCUCACCAAAACUAAAGUAGCCAGAGGAGAGAGAGUCAAAUUACCAAGUAGCACUGAAACUUUGCCUACUGAUAUGAAUGCUCCACCAAGUUAUAAAACGACAUCUGGCUGGGCAAUGUCAAAGCAGACGUAUUUCUAUUUGUUAGGUAUGAUGGCUGUAGUUUGUAUAUUAGGAAAUGGAAUGUUGCCGAGUUUGCAAUCGUAUUCGUGUUUACCAUAUGGUAAUGUGGCCUAUCACUUGACAGUGACAUUAGCUUCUAUGGCUGGACCUUUAGCAAUGUGUCUUGGUUUCGUUAUCAAAAAUCCAAAGGUCAAACUAUUAUCUGGAUUGAUGGCUCUUACUUUAAUUCUGUCAGGUCUUGUCUUUUACUUGGCAGCAGAAUCCCCUACGCCACCUUUACAACAUUCUUGGUUAGGAGAAUUUCUCGUGGUAAUUUUGUGGAUUUUAGUAUGCGGAUUCAUUGGGUUUAUAAAAAUGGGAAUCACAACUUUGUUCCGACCAGACCCUGGUAGGGGUUUAUAUUACACAGGAGUUGCUACCCAAAUUGGUUCGUUAGUAGGAGCAAUUACUUCUUAUACUUUAGUUAAACAAGAAAUAUUCCAAUCUUACUCUCCUUGUCAAGCAUUGACUGGUCAUUAACUAUUAAAAAUCACUAUGUGGUUUUGAAAUAAAUACUUGUACUCAAAACAUGAAAAGUAAUACUUGAAAUGCAAUUUUUUUUAUUGCUUUAAAAUAUUUUCAAAAUCACAUAUUAGUAAUCAAUGCUUGCAUUUGUUUACAAAAUUGUAUCAUUCAAAUAUAAAUUAAUUAAUUGGUUUUGGGUGUUUGUAUGUAUUGUAUAAACAUGUAAAGAAUGUCUACUAGUAUUAUAGAAGUAUGUAAAUUUCAAUAUAGUUGAGUAUUGUCCAACUAAAAUAAUUUUGUUUCUAAAAUGCAUUUGAUUUUUACAGUUAUUUAUGUAACAAGUAGAUUGGAAUAUUUAUAGAUUUAAGCUCCAAAUUAAUUUUGUAUAUUACUCUCCUGAUUGAUUUCGAUGAUCAAAUAUGGGUUAAUGAAUUCUACUUAAAAUGGUUUAGGUUUAUGCACAUAUAGUCUUAAUGCACAAGGUACUGGGUGCGAUAAUUGUUGAAUUCGUCUGAAUAUUUUUAAUCACUGACUUAAUACAAUAGUUCCUCUGUCUUCGAGUACUACAAAAAAAAAAACGAAAAUCACAACCAAUUUUAUCUGUAAAGCUUUAAACCCGCUUUACAUAGUUAUCUCACUCCUACACAGUAGUCCAUUAAUUUCAUAGAUAAGACUUUUGUUACAUAAAGCCUCUCUCCUUACUUUUUGCUAAACCAAUGAGAGCGUACUUAAAGAUAGAUUUAUAACGCAAAUGCCAAUACCGAUAAGAAUUGUACAUUUUGCAUAAGCUUAUCCCCCACCAUGCUCAGUUUUAUCUUGAAGAAAACGAGAUAAUGCAUGCAGUGAAAGAAAAACAGAAAUAACCAAUAAAAGUAAUUGCGUGUGUUGACGCGACAUCCGCUCAUUCCACUAUGCUCACGUCUGUGCAAUCACUACCACACUAAAAGCCCAUCUGCAGAUGCAAUUAGAAUGCAUAUUUCCUUUUAUCUUGCCAUGAAGAGUUGGUUUAUUCUUAAGCUUUGUACUUAAGGAGUGUAUCGUAGGUGCUGACUAUUCGGAAUGUAUGAGUUGGAUUUUGAUAAUCUUUUAAUCAUCUGAGUAAACAAGAAAAUGUCACAUGUAGAAGAAGAACAAACUAUAGCUUCACCAAAUCCAGAGGGCACUAACUCAUCGAUGUGAGUAAUUUUGGCUGUCUAAAAGUUAUUGUGCAAAGCGUAGCUACAUUUUCAAUUAUACACUCUGUGACAGAUAUCCAUGUGAAGAAGAAAAAUUGAUGCAACAGCAUAUAGGAGGAAUGGUCAAUACGGAACAAAUAAUUGAUUCACAAACCAAUCCAACAUGGUACUUAAAACCAUCAACAGUAGUGCACAUUCUAGUGAUGAUGUUUGGUAUUUCUGCUUGGAUUGGUAUCAAUGGCAUUUUCAUUCAGCUUCCUCUACUAGUAAAUUCUUCGCCAGAGAGCUGGGGAUUGGCAGCCUAUUUAGUAGUAACUAUUCAAGUAGCUAAUAUUACGCCAAUUAUUUAUAGCUUAUUACGUAAAUCAUCAUUUGAAAUUAAUGAGUCACAUUGUAUCUUAGGAAUGCUGGGAAUGGCAACAUUUGUAAUGGGGCUCUUGGCAUUCCUAUAUGAUAAGACAAGCAGCAUUGCUGGCAAAGAACACAGCACAGCUUUGUUCAUAUUGACUUUUUUCACAGCAGCUGUAAGCUGCACUAGUUCUAUUUUAUUUAUGCCGUAUCUUAGCAAUUUUAAAGAAAUCUACCUAGUAUCGUAUUUUGUUGGCGAAGGUUUGAGUGGAGUUAUGCCAAGUAUCGUGGCCCUUAUACAAGGUAUUGAUGAAAGUCCUAAAUGUAACGAUACCUCUAACAUCGCUGAUUCGUUGAAUACUUCAGCCAGAUUUUCACCUCAGUACUACUUUUUAUUUCUUUUCAUGUGUUUACUAUUGUCUUCAAUUGCUUUUUUUCUUCUGGAAAAUCUCUCUUACAUUAAACAAGAAAAGAGUUUAUCUCGUUCAUCAGACAAUAAUUCAGUUAACAAUGAAUCCAAGAAUUGUAAUUGUCAGAGACAAGUAUCAGUAUUAUCCGAGGGCUCGAUAUCUGAAAAUGAUGUUAUGGAAAGUCACGUUUGCAUUGACACAUAUAAAAAGACUGAUGUUGGAGAUAUUUCAAAUGUUCAUUAUGGACAAAGUAAUAAUCAAUUAACAUUGAGAAAUGUAUAUCUGUACAGUCUUUUAAGCAUUAUUUGUUUGUUAGCAAAUGGAUUACUACCUGGCCUUCAACCAUAUGCCUGUUUGUCGUAUGGAAAUAUGACGUACCACUUGAGUGCAACUCUUUCGCAAAUCGCCAAUCCCACUGCCUGUCUUUUAGCAUUGUGGUAUCUUCCGCAUAGCAGAAAAGUUAUAAACUGUCUGUCAAUUGUGAUAUUAAUCGCAAGUAGUUAUGUUAUAUAUCUUGCUUUGGUUUCACCAGAUCCACCAUUGCAAGAUUCUCAAUUUGGUAAAAUUUUGGUUAUCUUAUCAUGGAUAUUACUGAUAGGAUUCAUUUCCUACGUUAAAUUAAUUAUUACAUCAGUAUUUAGGAGAAAGUCUGAGAAAACAUUGUUUCAUGUUGGGGUAGCUAUGCAGGUGGGCUCUGCCUGUGGAGCAGUACUAUCAUUUGUCCUAAUUACCUUCACUAAUUUGCUCCAAGAGCAUAAACCAUGUGGUGGUUAAAAAGAAUUUUGAUAUUAAAAAUUAAGUUUACUUGAUUUCGAAAUUGUUGAAAAUUAAUGUUGUUGAAAAUUGUUUGCAUCACUGCGUGGCAUUAACUUAAAAAUUUAUUUAUGUAAAAUACAUUCACAUAAAUUCUUUGAAUUUUGAAAAUUGUCUUCCAAGCGCAUAAGACUUUUUACUUACAAAACGUAAAGCAAAUUAAAUUGUUACACUUUUGCAGGUCUAAUUAAUUUUGCUUCCAGUGUUCCUAUACAUUUCAAUACCAUGCAUCUUAAAAAACUUAAUGGAGUUAUGGACAAAAGUUUACAUUUAAAAUUAAAUUAUUUUGUAAAUAAGUGCAAUAUCGUAAACUGCUGCCUAUUAACUAUUUUUGAUUACUCAGGCAAUAGGAACACUUUAAUCGAAUGAUUAUGCCAAGAGAGAAGAAGAAUUUAAUGUACGUGAAUGUAUUGCAGAUUGGUACGUGCGUAUUUUUGUGUUAAUAAGAAAUUUCAAAUCAGCUGAUAAUAAUGCAUUUGAAGAUCAAAAAUCGAAGACAUGUAUAACACAUGUAUGUACAUAAUGUACGUAAUUGUACUGCAGCAUGUGAUAAGUUUGGUCUCUAGAAAUCUUGCAAAACUAGGAUCAAAUAUCCCGUAAAACAAUUCCAUAUAUAUAUAUAUACUUAUAAUACUGUAAAUGAGUAUGCUCGAUGAGCCAAUGUUGUACACAAGAUGUUAAAGAUGUUGAACAAUUUUUCAAAUAUAGAAUUUGUUACGUUAUAAUCCAA